UCAAAGAGAAUAAACAACGCCAUUAGAUUCAUUCCGUUUCGUGUCAUAAAGGUACAAUUGAGCGUACAAUUGACGUUGUUUGUACCGAGCGUUCAUUGGAUGAGUUUUUCUAACCUGCGCAUAAUUUAUUAUUAAUAAUAAUUUAUUUCAUCCGGAUACUGUCUGAUACUUUUAAAAGUACUGCUAGUAUAAUAGACGGACAAAAAUGUUUAUCCAUCUGGACGGACGACUAGACACUUCGUUUAUAAUUACAGUCAAAUGAAGCAUGUGGUAGAGAAGACAAAAGUUUCAAUAUAAAAGUGCCAAUGUAAAAAUCCAAAAUGUUUAAUUUUUCCACAGGACUUACUUCAAAAAAUUUUUUUUCGCUGAAAUAUUUAAAUCACACAAUUGCACAAUAUCAUGGAACCAGAUAUGCCAGGGGAUAAUAUUGGAUGCAAGCAGUUCCAAAUAUAAUUAAAGCAAUGAAGGUUCAAGUUCCUGCCGAUGGUACCAAUAACGGCACUUGUGUUCUUUUAAUUCUAAAUUUGCCGAAAUUAUUUUUAAAGGCGAAAAAGACUGGAAGAAUUUAUCGCGCUUAUCCGAGAGGUUCAACCUUCGCUGAACUCAUUCCGAAUCAUCAUGAAUCUCCUUCUCUCUUGCCAAUUGCAGAUUCUAAUACAUCUUUUGAUUCUCUCGAACUAAUGUUCCACGUGGACGGCGACACAUUAUUCAAGGCACUUGCUUUUGAUGCUGUUCUGUAUCUGAUUUCAGCCUAUUGGGUUUUCAAUAUUUCUUUCCCUUCUAACGCAAAAUUGCAAUAUUCAUUCAUUUCUAUUGCAAUUUUUCGUCAAGCAGGAAUAAAACAAAUGAAAAACAAUGUGUUAAAAUCAAUUGUAUUACAUAAUGCUUUAAAAGAGUUUCUCAUCUCUUAUCAAAGUGAUUUUCCUUUUUGCUGAUAUUUGUGUCAAGUUUCUUUUUUUAUUUCUUAGCUCACAUCGGAGUAGUUUUUUUAUUUCUUGAUCUUUUUGUUCAGUUUAUUUUCUUAUUGCUCAGCUCAUUUCUCAUUUGUUGAUCUUUGUGUUUAGUUUAUUUUUU